GCUGGCAACUUCGUGUUCACGCUGAAGAACAAAGUGGGGCGCGUGCUCUAAGCUCUCAUUGGGCGAAGUGCUGACCUGUCGCGGGGGGCUUGGAGAUCAAUCAGAAAACGGCCCGUCGACAGAUCGAACCCGGACACACGGUAGCUGUUCCGUCUCUCUCAACGAAACGCGCUAAUCCCCACGACGACGCCGGCUGAAGCCGAGCAAGCCAUGGGCAACCGCACCAAGCCUCCAUGAUGUCGAAUCGAAUCACGGCCUCGGGGCUUUGCGCCGCCACCACUGCGAAAACAAGCUCCAUUCUGCAGCGCCUAGUGCUUCAGCACUCGAAGCGCUCCCUGUUGCUCCCGCCACCACCAUCAUAUCAACGGCGCCAUGCUACAACACAGAACAGCGGCCAAGAAGCCGCAGAGAGGAGGGCCGUCACGCCAUUCAACGACGACGGCCACGUACCAUGGACCAACCUGUCGGCCGCCGAGAAGACGGCGCGUGCCGCCCAGCAGACGUUCAACCUGGGCAUGGUCGUCGUGGGACUCGUGCUAACGGGCAGCGUUAGCUACUUCCUCUACACCGAGGUCUUCUCGCCCGACAGCAAGGUGGCCUACUUCAACCGCGCAGUCGACCGCAUCAAGCAGGACCGGCGGUGCCUGGAGCUACUAGGUGACAGCAAGAAGAUCACGGCGUUUGGCGAGGAGACGAACAACAAGUGGCGCAGAGCGAGGCCGAUUGCCUCGACCAGUAGCAAAGACGCCCGGGGUAACGAGCAUCUACGGAUCCAAUUUCACGUGCAAGGACCCAAGGCCGCCGGAGCCGUGCACAUGCACCUGAUCAAGCGCGCAGGCGGGUCCGAGUUCGAGUACGAAUACUUCUUUCUCGACGUCGAAGGCCAACACAGAAUCUAUUUGGAGAACGCGUCGGCGGCCGCUAAGGCUAAAGCGGGCGCCGAGGGGCUAAACAAACCAUUUAGGCUCUUUGGUGUGAAGUGGAACUGAAAAGAAAAUGAAAAAUUGUAUUAUCUGGGAUGGCAACCUCUCGCGACUUGAAAUCAUGAAAGGGUUCGACAGUAAAGGAGAUUCAGCGAUGUGUUAUUGGCCUCCAACGGUGAUGGUUAUCACUGGGCAAUGGUCGAUUGUACGAUUCUCUGUGGGAAUACAUGUGUGUGUAGCGUUUAAAGAAG